AUGGCUACCACUCCCUCCGCCCCGCCUAUCCAGCCCUCCCAGUCGUCGUCGAGCGUGGCGAGCUCUCAAUCGACGUCUUCUAAGAAUGACAAGCCCGCGGACUACGUGUAUUUCGAGCGGACGACUGCUGGCUUUUCUGACGAUGCUAUUCCCCGAUCCAAGGCGGCACAACUCAAGCUCGAGCACUACUACAAGGUUGCGGUAGAGGCGGCAAUCGAACGCAACCAAAGGCGUGUAGAGCUCGAGAGGAAGCUCGCCGCUGAUACGACCAUGUCCGAGGAGCGGAAACAGCGCCAGUUGCAGCAGCUCGGCAAGCGCGAGUCUGCGUUCUUGCGACUACGCAGAACGAAGCUCGGGUUGGAUGACUUCCGAACUGUGAAGGUCAUCGGGAAGGGUGCUUUCGGAGAGGUCCGUGUAGUGCAGAAGGUUGAUACGGGAAAGAUCUACGCUAUGAAGACCCUCCGAAAGGACGAGAUGUUGAAAAAGGACCAGCUUGCACAUGUACGCGCGGAGCGCGAUGUCCUGGCCGAGUCCAACUCACCAUGGGUAGUGCAACUGUACUAUUCCUUCCAAGACCCCUCCUACCUCUAUCUGAUCAUGGAGUUCUUGCCUGGAGGCGAUCUCAUGACGAUGCUGAUCAAGUAUGACACGUUCUCCGAAGACGUCACCCGUUUCUACAUCGCGGAGUGUGUUCUUGCAAUCGAAGCUGUCCAUCAGCUCGGCUUUAUUCAUCGAGACAUUAAGCCAGACAACAUCCUCAUUGAUAAGGACGGACAUAUCAAGUUGUCUGACUUCGGUCUGUCUACCGGUUUCCACAAGCAGCACGAUUCCAGCUACUACCAGCGUCUGCUUGACUCUGCGAAUGGUGUUACGUCUCCCACUACGGCCGCGCAAGCGGCGCGGAACAGCGUGAUGGUUAACGCAAUACACCUUACGAUGUCUAGUAAGGACCAGAUAGCGACAUGGAAGGCUAAUCGUCGGAAACUGGCUUACUCAACAGUCGGUACGCCCGACUACAUUGCCCCAGAAAUCUUCAUGCAGAAGGGUUAUGGCAACGAAUGCGAUUGGUGGUCCCUCGGAGCGAUCAUGUUCGAGUGCUUGGUCGGCUACCCGCCGUUCUGCUCAGAAUCCACACACGAGACAUACCACAAAAUCCUGCAAUGGCAACAUUACCUCCAGUUCCCAGAUGACGUACAUCUCAGCCGUGAAGCCGAGGACCUGAUCAGGAGGUUGAUCACAUCUCCCGACCGCCGUCUGACCGUCGAUCAGAUCAAGCACCAUCCCUUCUUUUACGGCGUCGACUGGGUCGCCAUUCGCAACAUCGAAGCGCCGUUCAUUCCACGUCUGCGUUCCAUCACCGACACGUCCUACUUCCCAACGGACGAGCUGGAACAGGUGCCAGAUGAGCCUGUCGGCGCGGACACGACAGGCGCGAACAAGGACCUGGCGUUUCUUGGAUACACGUUCAAGCGAUUUACGAUCUCGUCCAACGCGUUCUGACAACGCACAUACUGUGGUGUUGCGCGGUUACGCUCCUCCGCUUCUUCACCGUCCUCACCUGUCGCUUGUCAUCUCGCACGGAGUUUUUGUUCCUCUUUGUCGGAGCUGUAGUAUAGUCCAUACAAUCACGACGCAGCAGUAGCGAGUCGCGUCUUUUCUGCACAUGACAUUCCAAACGACACACAUAAUACUUUCAUUGACGACUCGCCAUGUUCACGACAUUCGCUUUUAUUCUGAUUUCCGGCUAGCACUGCGAAGUUGCAUCGAAACUGCGGGUCUAAGGUGGCAUGUCCCGUAUGCUGUGGUGUUCUACGUGCGUGCAUGACGGAUUUAGAAUAUGAAUAGUGCGACGCUAGAUAAUGGAUAGCACGAUGUGAUGAUACAGUGUAUAUCGCAGGCAACAGAGAACAGGAUAGGUCCUAACACGCAACUACCCCCGGUAAUACAAUAGAGCAGUCCUUGCGAGUUGCACAGUCAGCCAACCUAGGAAUUGUACAGCUUCGGGCAAUAAAAUAGAAGUAGGCGACUUCGAGCACAAAAGGCUCAACGCUGAAUGGGUACCAUGAGGUGCGGCCUCAUCAUCUCGACGAACAACGGCAACAGCUUCGGUAUGUGUUCCAGAUCCGGCGGCUUCGGCGCAUCUGCUUCCUUCUUGGGCUUCUUGGGUGGCUUCGCUUUGGGCGGAGACGGCCUUCUGUCCGCGACCUUCUCUGGCAGCCGAGAAGUCGACGGGCGGCCCGCAGCCGGGGCAAACUCGCGGGGGAGGGGCGGGAGUGGAGGGAGUUCUUUAGCGCCAGGAUGUGGCGGGAGGUCUUUGAACCUGGACGCAGCCGAAGGAGGACGACUCGGCGCGGACAGUGUGCGCGAACGCUCACGUUGGAGAGGCGGCGGACGCGAACGGUCCGGCACGUCUUCCGAGUGUCGCACGGCGGAAGGGAAUCUCUGCUGAGGCGGCCGCUGGGAGACCGGAGUGUGGCCCACGGUGCGCGAGCGUGAAGGCGUCUGCGUCGGUGGAGAAUGGCGACUUCUCUGGGGAGGGUGGGGAGCAGUACUUCGCGGUUUCUUCUCACGUUCCGUGUCGUCCCCUUCGUCGCUCGUGUCCGUCUCGUCCUCGCUGGAUUCAUCGGAGUCCGAGUUAGACGUGCCAGAGCCAGACGUCGAUUCCUCCUCGCUGGAGUCAUCCUCCUCGUCCGUCUCCUGCGCAGCGAGGUCUGCCGCAUCUCCAUCCACAAGGUCCCCGAAGCUGAGGUCAUGGACGACACCGUUGACGAGCUGCGCUGCGGCCUCGUCCUCCGCGUCAGCGUCGUUCAUGCCUUGUGUGCGACCGAAUCGACGUCGCAACUUCGCCUCGUAGGCAACCUUCAGUUUGUAGUGAUAGAGCGCAACCUCGUCAACCUCACGAAGGAUGCUCUCGCGGUCGGUGCCAGUGUGCGGCAGGAGGAACUCCAGUGAGAGCUUCUCCCCGAGGCCUUCGCGCAUCAGAGUGAGGAAGAGCUCGAUCCAGCGCAUGAGGUUCGUGAAUAGCCCUUCGCCCUUGGAGUGCACCUUGUGGACGAAGCUAUAGAAUGACUGUUCAUGCCGUUGAAUCAAAUCUAUGAAUAUCUGCACUGUGCGCGCGGGAUCCGUCUGGCUCAAUUCCUCGGUUUGCUCCACCGUCCGGAUCAGGUCAUUGAUGAAGUUCUGAAGGUCACCCAACGAGUCGGCGAUGCUAGCGGCCCGGUACACUUGCGCGAGUGGUGCGUAGAAGAUCGUGAUAAUGUCCUUGAGCAAGUCCGACGUAGUUCCUUCGAAGAUAAGCUCUAUCAGCUGUUCCCUAUCCCUAAGGCGCGCAUACAGCUUAGCCAGAACGCUCAGGUCCUCGAAAAGCCACCCCUCCUCGUCCUGCGGGCCCUCGUCGUCGUCAGAAUCCGCCAGAGAUUCUUGGUACCUGACGUAUUCCUUGUGCGCACGGUGUGCAUACAUGACGCGCUGGAAUUGAGCACGCGAGAGCGGCGGCUGCUCGCCGGAGCGAAGCACGACAGCAAGCACAUGUAUGUUCUCGGCGGCGGCAUCGGCCUUGUACACUGCCUGGAUCUCUCGUGGAGCGUACACAUACAACCGGACCUUCUCGCACAUCACGGGAUCAUCGACCUUCUCCUUGACAGCCUCGAUAUCCUCGUUGAUUGCACGGACUUCUUCCAUGAGCGAGCCGGUGAACAUGCGUUGGAGCAGGCUGCGGCCGCCGAACGGGGUCGCCAGGAAGAGGUCGAGGACGCCGCGGAUCAUGCCCAUGGGGUUGCUGAUCUUGAGUGCCGCUUUCAGCAUGAAGUACGGCAUGAGGCCGUGUAUCCGCUUCAUGCUGGCGAACGUCUCCGAUGCGUUAUCCGCGGCCACAAAAUGAUGGAAUACUGUCGAUGCCAGCGAUAUUCGCGCCCACUCCAUGACGGCCUGGUAGCUUGGCGGGAGGUUCCGAACGUCUGGCGUAUCCUUGAUCGUGGCGAAUAUAUGCGUGAGUCCGUCCUUCCCGAGUAGCUCGCCCUUCACACUGCGCACUGUCUCUCGGAGACCAUCGACCCUCGCCGUAAUUUCCUUUGCGAACCGCAUUCUACCGUCCUCACGCAUGCGGUCCGCUUCCUCGCGCCGCCGAGCAUCGGCCAUCUCCUCCUCAGUCAGUCUCGUCGGGCCGCUGAGCAGGAACGACCUCAACACUGGGGAAGACGCGAAGGUCGAUGUCGAUAGUAGUGUGUGCAGGUACGACCGCAGCGUCAAGCGGUUCUUCUCUCUAGAUAGACGGGCAGCUUGUUGGGAUACGCCACCGCCACCGUAGCCGGUGUAGGUACUCGAGCCGAAACCACCUGGCAUGCCAUUGCUGAGGGAUAUCGGACUAGUCGGCGAGCCGCGAUUGAAUGAAUCGCCACUGGAAUUACGAUCGGCAUCGUACAGGUGAUCUACUCCAUUUGGCCGACCGGGUAUGGGCGGCAUUCGACCCGCUUGAGACGCGGUAGGGCUGACGAUCGGAACGCCAGGACCAUGACGAGGAUUGUACGACGUCGAGUAGGAUGAGGACGAUGCAGACGGUGGUGGGGAAGGGAAAGAGGUGUCAAAGUAGGACGCAGAAGACGGCGCGGUUGAGAUUGUGACGUUCACGAAACUGCGAUCCUUUGGGGGAGGCUGUGGUAUGACUUCCUCGGGAUGGGCUUUGCGGAGCUCGUCGGCAAGUGUCUUGAAAUCACCAUACCGUCGUGACACAAAGACAUCUGGCCGGCCCCUUCUGCGAGUGCGGAUAAUGAACUCCUCAUGUACUUUACUGCGCAUCCGUCUCUUCUCUGUAACGGAUCGAACGCAUACCACAUUGACAUCAAAGCUGUCCUUCAACUUCUUCUCCUUCGCAGCGCGCCUCUUCGCCAAUACUUCUAGCCGAUUCAGAUCAGCUUGGGUCAAACGAACGACCUCCUCCGGCUCAACGAGCUUGGUCGCACUGGUGAUGAGCAUGGAGAGGUUACGCUCCAAUUUGUUAAGCAGUUUGCGGCGAGCAGCUUCUUCCGAUUCCUCCGGGUUAUCAUCAAGGACAGAAGUGGGGGAUAGAUUUCGGGAGAGCAAGGAGGCUAGGAAUGGCUGGACCUUGUCUGGGAAGAAGUCCUUAGGUGCUGAAGUCAGGAAAGGGAAGGAGAGGACAUAUUUCCGGAAGACAAAUCGCAAGAAGGGGAGAUCUAGGUGCGGCGCAUCUUUCGGAGGGGGCGUGAACGGAUGGCCAAGGAAGGAGAAGGUAGAGACAUCAUUCGUGG